CUCAGUAAUGGCACAUCCACAAAAAGAGUAGUCACAUGGUAGGAUCACAUGAUCGUCCCGUCACCAAGGUCCUUUCAGGAGCUUGAGGAACUAGACGCUACUGUUUUUGGAAUACGCAACCGUGGCGAACGCUAUUGGCCCACAGAGACGGCGUGUGACUGUAAGAAAUGCCGCUGCUGUAAGGCCUGUACACUAUUAUCGAGUUGCUAAGGACGCCUUCCGCGUAGGUCUCACACCCAGCGACCGAGCCUUUGUGGCCUUGCCCAAGCCAAUCCAUCAGGCAGCCUGAACUCGUCAGCUCAGCACCGGGAAAGGCCGGGGCCCGGCGGCCUGUGCCCGGAAACCGAUUCGAGAGGGCCUUCCGCCUCCGAGCCCCCUCCUUCCGCCAUGGCCAAGAACUACGACUCGGUGGAAUUCCCGUACUGCGAUGAGGUCUCAAAGUACGAGCGGCUCGCCAAGAUAGGCCAGGGCACCUUCGGGGAAGUGUUCAAGGCGAAACAUCGGCAGACAGGGAAGAAAGUGGCACUUAAGAAAGUUCUGAUGGAAAACGAGAAGGAAGGUUUCCCCAUCACGGCUCUGCGAGAGAUAAAAAUCCUGCAGCUGCUGAAACAUGAGAACGUAGUUAACCUUAUAGAGAUUUGUCGCACUAAAGUUUCUCCCACAGCCAACCAAUACAAUAGAUGCAAAGGAACUAUUUUCCUGGUGUUCGACUUUUGUGAGCACGAUCUAGCAGGAUUGCUGAGCAAUGCUCACGUCAAGUUUACGCUCUCCGAGAUCAAGAAGGUGAUGCAGAUGCUGCUCAAUGGCCUCUACUACAUUCACAGGAAUAAGAUCCUGCACAGAGACAUGAAGGCAGCAAACGUACUGAUCACGAGAGACGGAGUGCUAAAACUUGCAGACUUUGGGCUUGCCAGGGCAUUCAGCCUUGCCAAGAACAGCCAGCCAAACAAGUACACCAAUCGGGUUGUUACACUCUGGUAUCGACCCCCUGAGCUGCUUCUAGGAGAGCGUGAUUAUGGUCCUCCCAUCGAUUUGUGGGGAGCAGGAUGCAUCAUGGCAGAGAUGUGGACCAGAAGCCCCAUUAUGCAAGGGAAUACAGAACAGCAUCAACUUACACUCAUCAGCCAACUGUGCGGCUCCAUCACACCAGAGGUGUGGCCAAAUGUGGACAAAUAUGAGUUGUACCAGAAACUGGAGCUGCCCAAAGGCCAGAAGAGGAAGGUGAAGGACAGGCUGAAGGCUUACGUGAAGGAUCCCCAUGCACUGGAUCUCAUAGACAAGCUGUUGGUUUUGGACCCAACGCAGAGAUUAGACAGCGACGACGCUCUGAACAAUGAUUUCUUCUGGUCAGACCCAAUGCCUUCUGAUCUAAAGAACAUGCUAUCUACUCACAAUCAGUCCAUGUUUGAAUACUUGGCACCUCCUAGGAGAAGAGGUGGACACAUGCCCCAGCAGCCAGCCAAUCAGGCACGGAAUCCUGCUGCCACUAACCAAUCAGAAUUUGAAAGAGUCUUCUAAAUCAAAUUCUUAUUUAUGUGGGGGAAAAGAAACUUUUACAUAUAUAUAUAUAUAUAUAUAUAUAUAUAUAUAUAUAUAUAUAUAUAUAUAUAUAUAUAUAUAUAUAUAUAUAUAUAUAUAUAUAUAUAUAAUAUAUAUAUAUAUAAUAUUAGAAUUUCCUUCAAACAAUCUGUAUAGCAUUGGGAGCAAGGACUACUGUUGACAAGUACAGCUGCAUACUUUUGAUAGUGUACCGAUAUUCAUCAGUGUGGCAUUAAUGAUGCAGGAAAAUUCUUUUCUACCCUUUCUUUCCAAGUGAAACAGAACUUUAACUGUGAGAUACCUAAUCUAAAAACUAUUGCUUUUUUUCAGACAGGCUGAUAUAGACCGCCUUGUAGCUACUACUCACAUUAACUAAAGGGCUGGUCAGUAUACUUGUUGUGAAAUGAAGAGUCUUCCGAAAUGCUUUCUGUGCUGCUGUACUUAUGUAUUUAAUAGGGAAUGUAAAUAAAAUGUAUGUUCUCCUAUUA